AUGGCAUGCGACCCUCCAUACUUUGGACCGGCUUGCCAGUAUGUGGACAGGUCCCCGCUAGCCGACACGGACAACCAAGAGCUGACCGACUUCAACGACGCCACCUGCGUGACGUCUGCCACCACACAUACCGUGACCUUCACCUUCAACUCCUCCGCUCCCGUGGUGAUACAGUUCGUCCGCUUGAGGGUGAGUAACCCAGAUUACAGAGACCUCAUCCAGGCAACCAUCGUGGGUUCUAUUCCCGGCUGCACCGACAAAGUCCGCGUGGAGGUGGAUCACGUGACCUCUGACAUCUACUGCCGCAACUUUGUCCCUGUGGUCACCGUGAGGCUGACGGGUGAUGGCGUCAAGUAUCUGUGUACGGUCCACCACAGUGGGGGUCGAAAUAUGGCCUUGAGACAAAGAACAACCAGCUCGGUACCGGAAAGAGGCACCACAGCUGACAUGGGGGUCGAUGACGAGAACGAGUCUCUGGACUCCACCACCUGUUUCCUGACCAUGUUCUCCUCGGAGACCCGCCAGCUGCCCACCUGGUCGGUCAUCUUCAGCACACCUGUCAAGGUGUUUUCUGUCUUCAUCCAGAACAGGAAAGAUGGUAUUUUGGACAUGAUGGAAGAUGUAAGAGUGGAAUGGUUCAGCAACACCACUCAGUUGUACCAAUUCGUCUGCACCACUCCGCAGGAAGAGUAUUACAUCCCUUACAUAGGUCCGACCAACAUGUCCGUCACAUCGCUCUCUGCGUGGCCGGAAAGGCAAAAUUCACGCGUGGGAAACACCGUGUUGUCUUUCUGUGAGCUCAACGCGCACGGGGACUGCCUUGAAGGCACCUCAGGUCUAGAUUGUUCUGGAACCUGCUCUCACUGUGCCAGCAAACUCUGCAGCAUCGAAGGAAUCUGCUACGAAUGUUCCAGAACAAACGGUCUGUUGACCUGUCAUAAAUUGUGUCUGAACUGCUAUAUGAACCGCUGUGAUUGGAAAUCCCAUGUGUGUACUGAAGGAUGUGAGACCGGCUACUACGGCAGUUACUGUGAUAAGAAGUGUGUUGGCCGAUGUGCCGUCAACCAGACGUGUAACAGACGUGACGGCGCGUGUGCGUUCGGCUGUGUCGCUGGCUACACGGGACCCACCUGCAAACAAGCUUGUGGAGGCUGUGCUGUGGACGGCUCGUGUGACGCCAGACAAGGCUUUUGUCGUCACGGCUGUAGGGCCGGCUUCAGCGGGAACAAGUGUGACAUAAAAAUUCAACAAGUUGCUAACAUUACAUCAACCAGUCUCAUCACUAUCCUUGGCUUGAUCGUCGGUGUCAUCCUCUUCUGUUUGUGUUUGGUGAGGUUUCGUUCCUACGUGCUGGGCACGGGGGAGGAUAAGAAAGGUGCCAAACUUCCCGGCAUAAAAACCUACGACGACCUGGAGUCCGUCACGACGGUCAGCACGAUGUCCGAGUCUAGAGCCAGCUCCGUCUCAGAGACCCCCACAGACAAACGGGCCAAGGCGACCCGGCGUCAGAGUCAGCAGAGUGUUCGUCUGUCCGUGGCCAGGGGCAAGCGGGGGCUGUUUAAAUAG